AUGCCCGCUUUUUUCGAGGUCCGGCCGUUCCACGGUCAUCGUGAUGGAUAUGAAGAUCCCAGGGAUUUCAUUGAAGACAUAGAGAUCGCAACUCGCCGAGAUUAUGCUAGCCAGAUCGCAGCAAAUCCAGCGCUGAAAAGGGUCCAAAAGCCAGAAACACUUUCAGAGGAACAGCGAGAAAUCUACAACGAAAUGCAGCAAGUUUCUCGGUUGCUGUUCAGGCAAGGGAUCAGAGGGCGAGCUGAGGCGUGGUACAUUCGGCUCGACAGAUCGGUCAAACAGGACUGGGACCUUCUGAAGAAUGCUUGUCUGACAGGAUUUGCCCUUCCGGAAGAGUCUCAGUUCGCAUCCAUCGCUCGUAUGGAAGAAUUGUACGAUGCCACAAAACAGGGUCGAGAUGAAAAGAUCACUACUUACCUCGAGAGAGCCGAUGACUUUCAUGCGCAAUACGGACCUCAGAAACCGUACUUCGGAUGGAAGGUUGUUUCUGGCCUGACGGACCAGCAGAAGACCUCAAUCAUUCUCUUCCACAUGCGUCAAGAAAAGACAAUCGACUACCCGUCCGCAAGACAGAUGAUCGUCCAUGCCUACGCUGGAGCGAACAAUCCAUUCUAG